GAUAGAUUGAAAUGACUGGAUUCCAUGGCAACCCUAUUUCCAACCUGCCCUUGGGCCUGCCUCCUUGCUAUUACCAUUGAUGUCUUCAACGGAAUCCCAUCUAUAUAUAUCCUCUCCAUUCUUUUCCACACCUGGUUGCGCCCUCCAUGGGGCCCAGGCUUUGCAGAAGCCAGUGGGCCCGCUUAUGGUCCGUGCGCACAGAGCUCUGCUAGGUUGGAGCACGUUCGGUGCUUUCACAUGAUUUCGCGGGGUAGGGCACGCGCGCGCGCCCAUUGAUCGCGUCGGGCUGUCGCGAAUUCUCAGGUAGCCUGGUGCUUGUAAACCAUCCGGAGCACCUUCAUCACUGGAGGUGUCAAACAGCGAACCCUAACGGUGGAACACGCAAUGCUCGGGGUGCCUCUUCCAGUCUUUUUGCCGACCUAUUUAUUGAGGUCGAAUCCCCCAUUCUUCUCCCACCCAUGUCGCAGCAACCAAGGUGUUGAUGUCUCGACCAACAGAUUUUCAAGAUGAAUCCAGGGCCUGUUCUGCCUGCUCUGCCGAAAGGCUUCGUCUCCAUCCAGGCCGUUCUUGACGAAGAGGGUGUCGGGCCUGGGAGCCUGGUGAACCUGGUCGGCAUCGUCAAAGAUUGCCGGCUGCCUGUUCCAACCAGGGGGAGUGACUUCAAGAUGGAGGCCACACUCUUCGACCUCUCUACCGACGAUGAUCAGCGUGACAUUCGCCUCACAAUUUUUCGUCACCCGGACAAGAUGCCAGCCAUCAAUCGGGCAGAUGUCGUGCUGGUCAGCUCUGUCAAGGUCCAAAACUGGUCCGGCAACCAAGGACUCAUCACACACCGCUCAACCACUCUCAAUGUGUACGAAGCCAGCCGGAUCCCCAGGCCGCCAGGAGAUGCCUCAGUUGCUCUGAAGAACAAGGCUGGGGAAAAGACCAAGACGUAUGGGAAGAAAGAGACCGAAUACGUCUCCUACCUCUAUCACAACGUCGACAAGUAUUCUCUGCCCACCGCCGAGGAGUUCCAGGAGAUGGCAACUCGGUCUUUAAACGUGGCCACCAAAUUCAGUACUCUGAACAAGGUCUCGCACGACAAGUUUCACGACUUGGUCGUCCAAGCUGUGAAAGCCCCCUACAACCUGGGGGACAAAGUCACGCUCUGGGUGACCGACUACACGGUCAAUAACGCUUUCUUCGAUCACGUCUCAGACCCCAGUGGCAGUCUCUCUGGUGAUGGGUUUCGAGAUGGGGAUCCUUACGGCUACACGAACAAGUUUUGCGUUGCAAGUUCGGAGUCUGUUCCAGCGUGGCCAGGACCUUUUGGCAAGAUGUCGCUGCAGCUCAGCUGUUGGGAACCACAUGCGACCUUCCUCCUCAAGAACGUCGUGGCCGGCGCCUGGGUUGCUCUACGGAACGUCAACAUACGGAUCGGCAGAAACGGACAGAACCUGGAAGGCUUCAUGCGCGGCGACCGGGACGAAGACAGGUUCAAGCACGGGGUCUGUGUAUCCUUGCUCGAUACCCGGGCUGACCGUGACGGCCUCGAUCCCCACCUUGUCGAAGCGCUGAGACGUAAGCGUGACCACGAGAAGAAGGAGAGAAAAGCAGGACGCCAGACCAGCAAUGUUCUUCCCACGGCCAGUGACGCUCUCAAGACCUGGACGGUGGAUAGCGGGCAGAGCGCUAGCGGGGGGCCUGUCGCCAUGGCUGCUGGCACCAAGAGGAAAAACGAAGAGGACAAGCCCGUAUCCAAAAGCAAACUGAAGCGAGAGAAAAAGAGGGCCAAUGCGCGUGCGGCUGAAAGGCUGGAAAAAUUGAAAAAUGGGCAGUCGAAUGGUUCUGGUCAGGGUCCAGAGCCCACAGCCCCUAUUCCUAACGAGAUCGAAGAGUCGCCGGCAAUCGACCUGAAUCCACUUGUCCAAUGUGAGGCUUUUGGUCGCAAGGCUAGCACCAUCUCCGAGAUCCUUCAAGUGAACACCAUUGCGGUCGAUGCUGGCGAAGGACAGAAGGUCCCCAUCGAGCUUCCCUUCGUCAAUCUCAAGUACCGAGCAGCGGUCCGCAUCGUCGACUUCUUCCCUAGCAAGCUCGAGGACUUUGCCGUUCGCCGCAAAGUCACCGAGUUCGACGUGCUUUCUUCUGACGAAGACGGAGAGUCCUCGGGCGGCAGUUCUAUCCGCAGCAGCUAUGACGGUAGCGGUGGCACGUACGCCUGGGAGUGGCGUUUUACACUGGUGCUGGAGGACGCGGUCCCAAAACCCGGGGGUGGAGCCCUGGACCGCAUCGAGGUUCUUGUUGACAAGCUUGAAGGCCAGUGUCUGACCGGCCUGGACCCCGAAGACCUCCGCGACAGCCCCAGCCAGCUACUCCAGCUGCGCGAGAAAAUGUUCCAUCUCUGGGGAAACCUGGAGGAGAUCAAGAGGUCCCGGAAGGAUAGCCUGGACGUCAAAAAGCGCCUCGAGGCUAACUUGCCACCGCCCUGUUCCGACGUAGAUUCAGUGCAGGGAGGAGACGCGGAGCAGCUGCGCAACCUCCCUUUCUCGUGCUGCAUCAAGCAGUAUGGUAUCAAGACGAGGACUACCGAUGAGAAGAAGGCCGAUGCCGGUGAGGGGGUCAAGUGGAAACGCGCCUUUGCUCUGUUCGGGACCAAGAUCAGGAACCAAUUCUGAGAGAGCCGGGUUGUGGUGCGGUUGGCACUGCGGUCAGGCUUGGUUUUGUGCAAGCGUUUCGAACGCAUUCACGAAACGAUCUGGUGUGUGCGCUUCAAUGCGUUGUGUGGAACAUGUGUGGGCGAUCUUGUCACGCAAUUCCGAUGUCUCUUGCCUUACUUCGGUAGUCCUCUCCUCUCACAAAAGGGACUUGCUGGAUAGAGAACUACCUAGCUUAUCACACAACUUUGCCAGUCUAUUCGUGGACAAGCCCGGUGAAGUCUCGUCUCAAUAACAUGAUAUAUACCUGACGCGACAUGCAGCUUUCGCAGUUUAUGGGGAAGCCAAGU